AUGGCGGCGGUCCGGAGGAGAUUUGGGCCGAUCUGGGGGGGUAUUUGCCGGCAGUCCGCGAGCCCCCCGGGGUGUGCCGGCGGCCCGGGCCCGGGGCCGGGGGGCGGCGGGGGCGGGCUCGGCGCCGGCCGGUUUCUGGGGGUUUGGGUGGGGGUCUGUCUCACUGUCUCUGUGUCUGGUUUGCAGAGUGCGGCGCUGUCUCGCCAAGACCAGUACUAUGUGGGAGGCCAAUACUAUGAUUAUCCCUCUUCCAUCUCCACCUCAGCCAGUGUUGACAUUUCCAUGGAAACCUGGGUGUCUCAGUGGCCGGUCGGUAUCCUGGACAACCACCCGGCCAGCCUGCCCCACAAUGGGGGGUGGGUGGGGUUUGUGUAUAUAGACAUGGUAGUGGUAAUGGGUUACUGUGUGUGUAUAGAGUGGGGCUCAGUGAUGUGUUAUAUUUUCCCACCAGGUGUCUUCUCUGACUUUGAGUUCAUCAACCAGGAUGAGUUUGUGUGGACAGACAAUUUAUCCUCUCAGCUCUAUAAAAACAAGCAGCUUCAGGAGACGCUGGAGCAGAAAGAGGAGGAACUUGCUCAGUUACAUGAGGAAAACAGCAAGCUGAGAGAGUACCUCACCUCCACCUACGUCAAGUCUUUGGAAGAUAAAGCCAAGAAACUAUUGACGCAAAGUGGACGAAGAAAAGGAGAGAUCCUGAAAUGCAAGAGGCGCCUGUUUGAGCCGCAGGAUCCAGAGCCCGGAUCGUCUAUCUCCGAGAUCCACCUCAAGAAGGGGCGGGCGGAAUCACUCAGUGGGAAUGAAGGUGGGUCUUUCUCUGCCAGAGACAGCCAGCAAGGUGGGUGCAUUGAGAGCUGGGUGCUUCAAACCCUGGGGUUGAAAGAUGUGAACACCAUCGAUGAUGCCUUAUCAGCUAACUACAGUGCCAUUACCAGCGACGACCUGACCUCGAUCCAAUACAGUGAAGCUCACUUGGGGGCAACUGUUUACAGCACAGACUGUGUGAUGCCUACAGACUACCCCACUGCCCAGUUGGCCUCCAUGGACUUCCCCGCUGGGCUCUGUGGGCUGGAAUCAGCCCCACCCUCUACUCGCUACUCGCCUCCCACCCCCCUGCCCAGCCAGGUGCUCAAUCCCUUUUACGCCUGCAAGGUGACCCCCAACAAAACGGACGUGGCUUUCUCCACCUCACUGAGCCCCCACCGCAAUGUGAAGACACACAGCUUCCACCAGGGACAAGCCUUUGUGCGGCGGGAUGAAGAAGGAGGCUGGAAAUUCACCUGGGUCCCCAGCCACAGAGACUGAAGCCGCCUUCACAAACUGUUUACAAAAUCUCCCCCAGCACUAUCAAGACAAAUAUCUUGUCCCCUCAUACCAUUGGUCUCCAAUGAUAUCAUCAGAUCAAAUGAUUACUGUUGUCCAGGAAUGUUCAAAUGUACUGCAAUUCUCUUACUUCCCCCUCCCCACCCCACCACCACUGAACUCAUUGGCAAAGUACAAGAGCAUUGCCCUU